UAUCCCUUCUUCACAAUUCAUUUCAUAACACAAAACAUACAGAGAGAAAGAGAAGUCAUGAUGAGCCUGGAAGCAUGUUUCUUGACAUCCAAUUCAUUCACCAAAACCUUAGAUUUAGUCCCCUCAAUCAAACAAAGAGUAAGACUACCCAUUUCGCUUACUAAGAGACGGUCAUUUACGCCGUCUCCGCUUCGAAUUGGCAGGAAUCUUCAUCACUCUUCUGUUACUUGUUGCAAUCUAGACCAACCAUCGUCAUCCGGUGAUGAUUACAAGCCCGCAAGUGAAGCUGAUUGGCGAUCAUUCAGAGCGAGGCUUGUGGCAGUAGAACGUGCAUCAAGGACAGACGAACCGAACACAUGGGUCGAUCCGGAUACAGUAGAAGAUCAUCCUCCACACGUACCAAUCGGAGACAAAUGGGCACAUUCCCUUCAUGAACCCGAGACCGGCUGCCUACUCAUCGCGACCGAAAAACUCGACGGGGUACACAUUUUCGAACGAACUGUUGUUCUACUCUUGUCAACAGGUCCUAUGGGACCAACCGGAAUCAUUCUUAACCGGCCGUCUUUAAUGUCUAUCAAGGAGACUAGAUCAACAGUUUUAGACGUAGGAGGUACAUUUUCUGACAGGCCAUUGUUCUUUGGAGGACCAUUAGAAGAAGGGUUCUUUUUGUUAAGUCCAGACCUCAAACAAGGUGAUAGCAAUGAUGAUGGGGUGGCAAAAAGUGGUGUAUUUGAUGAAGUAAUGAAAGGUUUGUAUUAUGGAACCAAAGAAAGUGUGGGUUGUGCUGCUGAAAUGGUAAAGAGAAAUGUAGUGAAUUUGGGGGAUUUUAGGUUCUUUGAUGGGUAUUGUGGAUGGGAGAAGGAUCAACUGCAAGAUGAAAUCAAGGCAGGUUAUUGGACAGUUGCUGCUUGUAGUCCAAGUGUUAUUGAUUUGGGAAGUGUUGGGAGGAUUGGAUUGUGGGAAGAGGUUUUAGGACUUAUGGGUCAAAGAAAAGUUUGGUGAAGGGGGCAAAAAAUAUCUGACAAAAAUGUGGACCUGACUGGCUAACUGUGCCUUUGAUACUUUUAAGGGUCAUGAAAAGGGAUAAAUGAAUUUUGAGGAAUGCUGCUAUUUCAUUUUCUGUACAUUAUACUGCUGUGGUAUAGUAUUAAAGUUUUUAAUGAUUGUAUUAAUUAAUUUACUAUUUCUAGUAGGUAAUACUUUGGAAGUAAAAUCGGAGGAAAAGCCUGUUGUAAUUUUUUCAAUAGAAUAAUUAUUGAAAUGUACUUGUGGUAUUUGUGUCA